GGCGCAUGCGCAGUGGGCGGGGGGGGUCCCGACGGUUGCCAUGGAGACGGCGUCGCCCUCAGGGGAAGGAGCGCGGCCGCCGCCAUGAGCUCGGAGAGGGGCCCGGCGCUGCCCUUCCUGCCGGGCUGCGCCUUCAGGGACCCCACGAAAACAUCCUUUCAUCGCUCGCAGACCCUGGGCUACAAAAAUGGCUUUGCCUUUUCCCGGCUGCCUACAGUGGGGAUCGGCGGGGAGCGACUGUACGUGAAUCAGCUUUCGCAGGCUGAAUUAGAUGAAUUAUCCAACAUGAGACCCACGCUGACCUACGGGCAAGCCAGGCAGGCUCCUCCUUCGGGCUUCAUUCCAGCGCACGUGGCUUUUGACAAAAAGAUUUUGAAGUUCGAUGCCUAUUUCCAGGAAGAUGUUCCUCUCUCUACAGAAGAGCAUUACCGUGUUCGCCAAGUGGGUAUCUAUUACUAUCUGGAAGACGACAGCAUAUGUGUCAUAGAGCCGGUUGUGAAGAACUCUGGUAUCCCUCAAGGCAAACUUAUCAGACGCCAUCGCGUGCCCAAGAAUGACCGUGGGGAGCAUUACCACUGGAAGGACCUGAAUCGAGGCAUGGACAUCACCAUGUAUGGCAGGACGUACCACAUAGUCGACUGUGACCCGUUCACCCAGGCGUUCCUGGAGAGCCAAGGAAUUGAACUGAACCAGCCAGAGAAAAUGGUGUUUGAUCCUUACACGGAAAUGCGUCGGAUGCCCCUGCGCAUGUACAUCACACCAUCAGACUUUGACCAACUGAAGCAGUUUCUGACUUACGACAAGCAGGUCCUUCGCUUCUAUGCCAUGUGGGAUGACACCAACAGCAUGUUUGGUGAGAAUCGGCCUUACAUCAUACAUUACUACUUGGCAGAUGACACGGUGGAGGUUCGGGAGGUCCACAAGCCCAACGAUGGCAGAGACCCAUUCCCAGUACUGAUAAAACGCCAACGCUUGCCCAAAACCUUUGUGGAGAAGCAAAAGACCUUCCCAAGCUGUGUGCUGGAAAUCUCUGAUCAGGAGGUACUUGAGUGGUACACAGCUAAAGAUUUUGCUGUUGGCAAAUCCACCACCCUCCUUGGACGCAAUUUCUUCAUCUAUGAUUGCGACGAGUUCACACGCAACUUCUAUCGUGACAAAUUUGGCAUCACAGACUUCCAGCCAGUGGAGAUAAAGGAGAAACCACCUGAGGAAGUGCCCCAGGUAAUUCCUCCCUAUAAUGGUUACGGCUUCCUUGAAGACUCUCUUCAGAACUGCUUUUCUCUGUUUCCGAAGCCUCCCCGGAAAGAUAUAAUUAAGAUGCUAGAGAACGACCACAAAGUGCUACGAUACCAGGUGGCCCUGGAGUCACCAAACCCCGAGGACAGGAAGCGUCGUUUCAUCCUCUCUUAUUUCCUCUCCGAUGACAUGAUCAGCAUCUACGAGCCCCCAGUCCGUAACUCUGGCAUCAUUGGGGGCAAGUACUUAGGAAAGACCAGGAUUGCCAAACCAGGCUCUACAACAGACAAUGCCAUCUACUACGGGCCCUCUGACUUCACCAUAGGUUCUACGAUUGAAGUGUUUGGCCACAGGUUUGUUAUCACUGAUGCUGAUGAAUACGUGCUUAAUUACAUGGAGAGCAACGCAGAGCGCUUCCCUGCAGCAACCCUGCAGUCCCUGAGGGAUCAUCUUCGCCCACAGCAGGUGGUGGAGGAGACUGCCAAAAGUGAUGUCCCUGCACUCGGGACCAGCCAGCAGGAACUGGAUGAAUUAAUUGUGCGGGUUCAGGAGGAGCUGAAGCUCCAUAAUUACUUGAACAACAGCAGCAUCCGGGAGGCGCUUCUUCGGUGUGACAAGGAUGGCUCUGGUGUCCUCGACAAAGCAAAAUUUUUAUCCCUUUGCAACAGCCUAAGCGUGCCGACCAAUGCCGUUCUGGUUAACAAGCUGAUUGACCUGUGUUCUUGUGGAGAAGACAAGAUAAACUACCGUGACUUCCUCAGAGCCUUCCCCUCGUGAAGCUGAAGCACAAGACCAGCAGUAAUAUCCUUAGCUGAGCUGACUGGACAUCAUACUUCAAAAAGGAUGCUCUAGUUUUCACCUUUGCUUCACUCACCCUUCCCUCCUUACUAAUUUCACCCUGGCUUGGUUAACUUUUUCCUUUCCCAACCUUUCCCUGCCCUUUUUGCUACCACCAAACUCAACCUCUGAACUGCUGGAUAUUGCAAUGAAACUCACAGGAAAAAAAAGUUUUGGAGAACCAAAAGCCAGGUUCUUCUGUUGUCCUCACAACUUUUAAAUGCUUGAACUAGCAAGUAAGGCUUGCUAGAGCAAAAGAGCUCUGAAACCUGGAGUGAUGAGCACUCUGCAUUUCUCUUAGAGUUGAAAGGUGCCUUUCACCUUCAAGCACUAACGACUGCCAGUUUAAUUUUUUAUUUGCAUUACAAUAAGACCCAAGAGCCCUGCCACGGACCACAAUAAACACGUGCUUGUAAGUCUGAAUGUAAGCAAGUCAUGUAUGGCUGCUAUAGUGUUAACAAGUCCCCUUAAAAUAAAUGUACCUCAGUGCCUGGAGUAGCUAAGGAUUAAAAUGAGAAAAAAAAAAUACCACCACAAAAACAAUUCUGAUUCUGGAUUUACUUGAAAUGGAGUAGUGCUUUAGCUCUCACAUAUCUCAUGGAAAUUGCAGGGUUUGUACACAGAUCCGCUGACAGCAGCUUUGCAUUUUUUAACAAAGGUUGGGAGAAUGGCUUUCGAACCGAGAUGCUGUCUAAACCCAUCUCAGGCAAUCUGUCAGCUUACAGGCUGGGUCCAAUGAAAAGGAAAAACUUAACAGUUGGCAUAGCAAUAGAGCUCUGACACUUUCGCUCAGAUUGCUCAUCUCUUCGUGAAGGUAAACGGGGCAGGAGCCUUCUCAGCCCCGAUGACACCUGCCAGGUACUGCCGUUGAGCACAGAUGAGGGGCAGCUAUCACGCAGGCAGCAGAGAACAAAGCUCUUUGGAACGAAGUGCUUAUUUAAAUCAGCUUUUGUGCUGUGGAUUCCCACUUCCCCUCAGCCAGCUGAAUCUCCACACGAC